ACAUCCUGGGCAGAAGAAUGAUGUGGGGAAACUGGACAACUGUUAGUGACUUUGUACUUGUGAGUUUCUCAAACUUGUCUUCUGAGCUACAAGCUCUACUCUUUCUCCUUUUUUUGACCAUUUACCUGAUUACCCUAAUGGGCAAUGUCCUCAUCAUCCUGGUCACUACAGCUGAUUCUGCCCUACAAAGUCCCAUGUACUUCUUCCUCAGGAACUUGUCCUUCCUGGAGAUAGGUUUCAAUUUGGUCAUUGUGCCCAAGAUGCUAGGGACCCUGAUCAUUCAAGACACAACCAUUUCCUUCCUUGGCUGUGCCACUCAGAUGUAUUUCUUCUUCUUUUUUGGGGCUGCUGAGUGCUGCCUCCUGGCCACAAUGGCAUAUGACCGCUUUGUGGCUAUCUGUGACCCUUUGCGUUACCCAGUCAUCAUGGGCCGCAGGGCUUGUGCCCAGCUGGCAGCUGCUUCUUGGUUCUCAGGGUUUCCAGUGGCCACUGUGCAAACCACAUGGAUUUUCAGCUUCCCUUUUUGUGGCCCCAACAGGGUGAACCACUUCUUCUGUGACAGCCCCCCUGUCAUUGCACUGGUUUGUGCAGAUACCUCUCUGUUUGAACUGGAGGCUCUGACAGCCACUGUCCUAUUCAUCCUCUUCCCUUUCUUGCUGAUCCUGGGGUCCUAUGUCCGCAUCCUCUCCACCAUCUUCAGGAUGCCCUCAGCUGAGGGGAAACGCAAGGCUUUCUCCACCUGUUCCUCCCACCUCCUGGUUGUCUCCCUCUUCUACAGCACUGCCAUCCUCACAUACUUCCGACCCCGGUCCAGCACUUCUCCUGAGAGCAAGAAGUUACUGUCACUCUCCUACACGGUGGUGACUCCCAUGUUGAACCCCAUCAUCUACAGCCUAAGGAAUAGUGAAGUGAAGGCGGCACUGAGGAGGGUCAUCCACAGGACCCUGGGCCCACAGAAACUAUGACUGACUUAGAUGGGA